GACGUCAACUGUUUUGUUUCUGUUAAACGGGAAGCCGCUUGAGCUGGAGAAGAUAUGGCUGAUGUCAUGAAUGUUGGUGUUAAUUUAGAGGCAUUUUCUCAAGCUAUUAAUGCCAUUCAGGCUCUCCGUUCCAGUGUAACCCGAGUUUUUGACACUCUCAAAGAUGGAAUGAAAAACAAAGAAACAUUAGAAGACAGGGAAAAAACCUUUAUUUCGGAGUUUCAGGAUAACUUGCAUGCUGUUAACAGGGAUUUAAAUGAAUUAGAGCGACUGAGUAACUUGGUGGGAAGACCGUCUGAAAACCAUCCUCUUCACAACAGUGGACUGCUGAGCCUAGAUCCAGUGCAGGACAAAACUCCUCUCUACAGUCAGCUGCUUCAGGCUUAUAAAUGGUCCAAUAAGUUACAGUAUCAUACAAGCCUGGCAUCAUCCUUGUUAAAUCAGCAGUCCUUGAAGCGCUCAGCCAAUCAGAUGGGAGUAUCCUCAAAACGGAGACCCAAAGUACAGCCUCCCACUAUUGUCUUGCCUCCUCAAUAUAUAGAUGAUGUGAUCAAUCGGAUUGGAAGACUUUUCCAUGAUAUGUCUAUUCAGCUGUCCAGGCCGAAUGGCUCAUCAGCAGUUCUUGUGGUGACGCUUGGAAAAGUGUUAAAAGCAAUUGUGGUUAUGCGAAGUCUUUUCAUUGAUCGGACAAUAGUAAAGGCAUACAAUGAAAAUAUCAACACUGAAGAUGGCAAGCUUGAUAUUUGGUCGAAGUCCAACUAUCAGGUUUUCCAGAAGGUCACGGAUCACGCUACCACUGCCCUGUUGCACUAUCAGUUACCCCAGAUGCCAGAUGUUGUUGUUAGAUCCUUCAUGACUUGGCUGAGAAGUUACUCAAAGCUGUUUCAAGCUCCAUGUCAACGCUGUGGCAAGUACCUGCAGGAUGGCCUUCCUCCGACAUGGAGAGACUUCAGGACCCUUGAAGCAUUUCAUGACACCUGCAGACAGUGAGGCCAUGCUGACUUUGCAAAAGGAGGAACAAGUCUGGUCAGAAGACUCAAAAAGCACAACAUAAAUGCAAAAGAGAAAAUGCAGACGUGCCAAUUUCUAUUUGAUGAUAAAAUAUGUCAUAGUCUGAGCCAGUCUCUUCAGUUCAAAACUUUUGGUUUAUUAAGGCUAGCAAACAUCUUGUUUUUCACUGUACUUAGAUGGUUGUGACUGUCAUCAUGGAAGUGUGUUUUCUACUACCUAAUACUGUUGUUUUGUACUUUAAAAAAAAUAAACUGUAAUUUCAA